AAAUCUAUAAAUAGAGGGGGUUUCAGAAUCUGAACUCCACAUCCAGUUACUAAUCUUCAUUCACCCAGAAGUCUAAGAAAAUAUGAAGAACACAAAAAUCCAAAGAAGCCAUUGUUCUUCUUCUUUCCUGUUCUAUUCCUUUCUCUUUCUUUUCAUCUUCCCUUCUGUUUCAGCACAGACAGCUCAAGCUCGUUACAAGGAUCCAAGACUCCCGAUCGAAUACCGAAUCUCAGAUCUCCUCUCUCAGAUGACAACUCAAGAAAAGAUCGGCCAAAUGGCCCAAAUCGAUCGCUCCGUCGCCUCUUCUGACGUUCUUAUAGAUCAUUCCAUCGGGAGUGUGUUGCACGGUGUACUAGAGAACGGUCCUCCGCUUCUACCACCAAACGCGACCCCAGCUAUGUGGGCAGACUUGAUCGAUGGGUUCCAGAACUCUGCGAUGUCAGCAAGGCUUGGGAUUCCUAUAAUAUAUGGUACUGACGCAGUUCAUGGUCAUAAUAACAUCGUCGGUGCCACAGUUUUUCCUCAUAACGUCGGCCUUGGAGCUGCAAGGGAUGAGGAUUUAAUGGUGGAGAUCGGAAGAGCCACUGCUUUGGAGGUUCAGGGCACCGGUGCACAGUACGCUUUUGCUCCUUGUGUUGCUGUGUGUAGGGAUCCACGGUGGGGUCGGUGCUAUGAGAGUUACAGUGAAGAUACGCAGAUCGUGAGGAGCAUGUCCAAGAUCAUACUAGGCCUACAAGGCUACCCUACUGACAAUCAUACCCUCGGUUACCCCUUCGUCGCUUCUGGGGGAAAGAACGUCAUGGCAUGUGCAAAACACUACACAGGCGAUGGUGGGACCCAAGGAGGGGUCGACGAGUACAACACGGUAACCACAUAUGACGACCUGUAUGGCAUCCACAUGAUGCCUUAUAUUGAUGCAAUCGCCAUGGGGGUUUCAACUAUCAUGGCUUCUUACUCUAGUUGGAACGGCGUCAAGAUGCACGGCAACCCUUUCCUCCUUACUCGCAUUCUAAAACAAAAGAUGUCCUUCCAGGGUAUGAUCAUAUCAGACUGGGAAGCAAUUGACCGAAUGACCGAUCCACCCGGUUCACACUACAAAGAAAGCCUAAAGGCAGCCAUCAACGCUGGAAUCGAUAUGGUCAUGAUCGCUUACGAUUACCAGCGAUAUCUCACAGACAUGACGGAGCUUGUAUCGUCCGGCGAGAUUCCGAUCAGCAGGAUUGACGAUGCUGUGAGGCGAAUCCUAAGGGUGAAGUUCAUUGCUGGGCUUUUCGAUCGGCCCAUGGCGGAUCGGUCUCUCCAUCCCAUGGUUGGACAUGAGAAACACAGAGAAUUGGCAAGAGAAGCCGUGAGGAAGAGCUUGGUAUUGUUGAAGAACGGAAAGGGAGAGGAAAAGAUGCUUCCUUUGAGCAAGGAUGCACCCAAGAUCCUUGUGGCUGGGUCUCAUGCACACAACAUUGGCUACCAAUGUGGAGGGUGGACUAUAUCAUGGCAGGGCAUCUCAGGCAACACCACCAAAGGAACAACAAUCUUAGAAGGCAUCAAGAAGGCUGUUAGCAAGCAGACCCGGGUCGUGUUCCAAGAAAAACCCAACAAGCAAUUUGUUAACGAGAACCGAGAUUCCUCCUACGCAAUCGUGAUCGUCGGCGAACUCCCAUAUGCAGAGUUCAAAGGCGAUAGCAAAGAGCUCAAGCUAGCACUAGACGGCGAGGAGACUAUCAAGACUCUGUGCAAAGAGGUGAAAUGUGUGGUCAUCAUCGUGUCGGGUCGGCCCGUGGUAAUAGAGCCUUAUGUGGACAUGAUGGAGGGAUUGGUUGCUGCUUGGCUUCCAGGGAGUGAAGCAGGAAAAGGGAUUGCUGAUGUUAUAUUUGGGGAUUAUGAUUUCCAGGGUAGACUUCCAAGGACAUGGUUCCGUCGGGUCGACCAGCUGCCGAUGAAUUUUGGGGAUCCACAUUAUGACCCGCUGUACCCGUUUGGGUAUGGGCUCCAGAUGGGUAUCCAGUCACAGAAAAGAGUCCAUGGUGUUUCAUCUUUCUCUACGUCAUCCUUUUCAUCUAUUUGAUUAAUUAUGGUAUAGAUUACAAUAGAAAAUUUGUACAUAAAGGGCUAUGUAGGGUUUAGAAGGGUAAGCUUGUAGUAUUCUAGCUACAAGGUCAAAUGUUCUUCAACAGUAGCUUGAAUCAUCAUAUGAUGAAGGAUUUUAGUUCAUAUUGUAUCAAACUUUGUCUCAAUAAAAGUGCUAUCAUGUUUGUGCAA